AUAUAUAAAAUAAAGAGAGAAAGGAAAAAGAAACUAUAAACCCACAAAAAUGAUGACCCUUUCGACUCCACUCUCUCACAACGCUUUAUCCUCUCUACGAUUGUCAACGAAACGCCAUGGUUGUCGUCUUCAACGACUCCACUUGCCUCUCAGAAUCAGUUCUUCUUCUUCUGGCAGCUAGCAAAAGUGUUCCCAGAACCGAGGAACGCUCGUCUGGGUUUAAGGAAAUGAGGACUGUAGCUUGUGGCCUUCUUGCUGUAUGCGCCGUUGCCACAGCCUCGCCUGUAAUUGCUGCUAAUCAGAGGCUUCCUCCGUUGUCAACUGAGCCAAACCGAUGCGAGCGUGCGUUUGUCGGUAAUACGAUAGGUCAGGCAAACGGUGUGUAUGAUAAGCCGCUCGAUCUACGCUUCUGCGACUACACUAACGAGAAAUCGAACCUGAAGGGGAAGUCUCUUUCGGCUGCGCUCAUGGCGGAUGCUAAGUUUGAUGGUGCAGACAUGUCUGAAGCUGUGAUGUCAAAGGCUUACGCUGUUGGAGCUAGCUUCAAAGGCACGGACUUCUCGAAUGCGGUUUUGGAUCGAGUUAAUUUCGGGAAGGCGAAUCUGCAAGGAGCGAUAUUCAAGAACACGGUGUUAUCUGGAUCGACUUUCGACAAUGCUCAGCUCGAAGAUGCAGUUUUCGAAGAUACCAUUAUCGGUUACAUUGAUCUUCAGAAGCUUUGUACAAACAAAACCAUCAGUGCUGAAGGAAGAGCUGAGUUGGGUUGUCGAUGAUUUCUAUUUAUGUAUUAUAUUCCUGUCUUAUCUAAUUUCAGUUUUCGCUUCGUUUUUUUUAAAGAAAAGUUGUCAUUUUGAGAUUAAAUUCGUAUUGAGAAACUGUUAUUUCUGGUU